AUGGUUUUACCGCAGCUUGCAACCGCGCGUGACAACAACACCCGCGAUUCCAACACUAUCCUGGAUCAACUCCGUCGUGUAUAUGACAAUCCGAAUAAGGUUCAAGAGGCAGAGGACCGCCUCCUUCCCAUUAGACAAGCCGCGGACGAAUCCCUCGCCGCUUACAUUGCCAAGUUUGAACGUCUCCUCUACGAAGCCAAGGGUCAGACCUGGCCGGAUGUCACAAAGAUCUCAGCUUUCCGAAAAGGUCUUCAGGCCUCAACCCGCAACCGCUUGACCCAGCAAUUGAACCUACCACGUCGGGUCCCUACGUGGAGUUCCUCAAGACAGCCUAAAAGCUCGCCGGGUAUUUUUUUUUCCGCCCAUUUGAACAACGCAACUUCUUUGAAUGGCCAUAACACCCGAGGAGACAUGGAAUCAGAGAACGCGAUUGGAUUUAGGUCCUAUUGA